UUAUAUAUACAGAGUUUCCGGUAGUGAAGGACCGGAAGAUCUGUAUGUAGUUCCUUAUCUGCCUUUAUUCUCUCAAAGCUGUUACCUUUUUUUAUAUUAGAAUCACACAUUUUUAAUUCCCUUGUAUAGCUGCUGCACAAAAUGCUGUCGUUGGAUUUCUUAGACGAUGUGCGGCGGAUGAAUAAACGCCAGCUCUACUACCAGGUCCUGAACUUCGGAAUGAUAGUUUCUUCAGCCUUGAUGAUCUGGAAAGGCUUAAUGGUGGUCACAGGCAGUGAAAGUCCAAUUGUGGUCGUACUCAGUGGGAGUAUGGAGCCGGCUUUCCACAGAGGAGACCUUCUGUUUCUUACCAACAGAGUUGAAGAUCCCAUCCGAGUUGGAGAAAUUGUUGUCUUCAGGAUAGAAGGAAGAGAGAUCCCAAUAGUACACAGAGUCCUCAAAGUGCAUGAGAAGGAAAAUGGAGACAUUAAGUUUUUGACUAAAGGUGACAAUAAUGCUGUAGAUGACAGAGGUCUGUACAAGCAGGGACAGCACUGGCUGGAGAAGAAAGAUGUGGUGGGACGAGCUAGAGGGUUUGUGCCGUAUAUAGGAAUCGUUACUAUUCUCAUGAAUGACUAUCCAAAAUUUAAGUACGCAGUUUUAUUUCUUCUGGGGCUCUUUGUACUGGUCCAUCGGGAGUGAGGAUUCUGUUAUCUGGACGCAAAUCAUUGUUGCCAGGCUUAUUGCAGACCGUCUCUCAUGUUAGAAAGAUUUUGUGUAAUGUACAAAUUCAGUUUACUAUUGGAAUUCCUAACACGUGGGGUCUUUUUUUUUUUUUUUUUUUUUUUUUUCUUCUUUCUACGCUAUCUUAUCCUGGGCAGUUUGAACUCCGGACCCAAGUUUAAAAAAUAACAAAAAUAAAUAAAUAAUCAUUGCUUUGUCAUACUGGGACUUAAUUUCUCUCAAUUAAAGCUGUGGCCUGUAAUAUUUAUGCAUUUACAGACUCUUGCCAACUUAAGUUGCAUAUGUUUUUAAAAGCAUUUUUUCUCUUAUGUACAUAAAUGGCCAACUCUGGAAUCAGUUCAUUAGUUCAUGCUUUUUUUUUUCUUUGAAAAUCAGUGGGUGUUUUUAUGUUAAAAGCUAAAGUCAGAGUGUUUAGAAUUUUAUUGGAGAUACUCCGCACACCUGCUCAGGGCUAGCGCACUGGUGUUGCAUUACUCUGUCGAUACAAGUCAGUCGUUGCAGCUUUAGACCAGUAUUAAACUGCCUUGUCCAUUAAAAGCACCACACAUUGGUGUCCCCAGGCUAUCGGAUAUCUGAGUCAAAACACAAAUAAAAUAAUUUGCAUCUUC